UACUUUAAAACCCUAAAAAAAAAAUAAAUCCAAUUUAUCAAAAAAUCUAAGAUGGCAAACCCUAAGGUCUUCUUCGACAUGACCGUCGGCGGUGCACCGGCCGGCAGGAUCGUGAUGGAGCUGUACGCCGACACAACACCACGAACCGCCGAGAAUUUCCGUGCACUCUGCACCGGAGAAAAAGGCACCGGCAGCUCCGGUAAGCCGUUGCAUUUCAAAGGAUCAACAUUCCACCGUGUGAUCCCUAACUUCAUGUGUCAGGGUGGAGAUUUCACUAAGGGAAACGGUACCGGCGGUGAAUCGAUCUACGGCAACAAGUUCGCCGACGAGAAUUUCGUUAAGAAGCACACCGGACCUGGAAUUCUGUCCAUGGCAAACGCCGGUCCGAACACAAACGGAUCGCAGUUUUUCAUCUGUACGGCGAAGACGGAGUGGCUUGAUGGGAAGCAUGUGGUGUUUGGGAAAGUGGUUGAAGGUAUGGAUGUUGUGAAGGCGAUUGAAAAAGUUGGAUCUGGUAGUGGAACCACCUCUAAGCCUGUUGUGAUUGCUGACUGUGGCCAACUUUCUUAAAUCUAUCUAUAGAUAUAGAGAGAUCUAUAUCGAUCUAUAUUCAAUAUCUAAUUAUUAUUAUGUUUUAGUACUUUUGAGUUUUUAGAGUGUCUCUCUGUGAGAAUGGUUUUAGUUUCCUGUGACUGGUGAUGUUGAAUGAACGGAAUUAUGACGUAUUAGUAAGUUUGAUUCCGGUUUGAAAUAAAAAUUUAGGUUUUAGUUUUAUCUCUAAUUUGAAUAAAGUUGAUCUUAUAAAUA